AUGGCUAGCUCGGUCUCGAAGCAAUCUAAAAAGAUAUCUCGGCCUCGGAGCAAUCUAGAAGCAGCAAUCCGAAAAUUCCUUCCGAAAGAGCUAAUUCCUGAGACUUGGCAGUGCGAUGCACGAGAACGAAAAAACAGCAUCCAGGAUCUUCUCAACCAAGCAAAUGGUCAGCUCGGAAUGUUCGAGUCGGCCGACGAUCUAUACGAUCAGAUUGCCACCUACAUCGACUUCCCAAAAAGUUAUGAAUAUCUCAAAAUGCCCGCAUACGAUAUAGUCGACUCAUCUCUCUCUAUCCUUGAUACCAUGUCGAAGAAGUGGUGUAUGUAUGAAUGCGAUCUACACAAAUUACUGUAUUAUUGCGAUUCGUGCCCACUGGAAUGUCCCGCGAAGAACAGUGCCGAGAUGAUUCUGAACAGAAUCUGGAAGAGACUGAGAGUUGAAAGUCAUCACGAGAUGAUUCUGUUCACGGAGAAACCGAAGCAACCUACUUCUGCUCAUCCGGAUCUAAGAGCUUUUGGAACCGCUGGUUCGAAAAGUGAGUAUGAGGAUUUCAAGGAUGCAUGGAAGGAGGAUAAGGAGAAAACAAUCUAUGGGUUGACUGAUUUCAUUUUGGAAGAGAUGGAUAUAUUCCUUAUGCUUUCGACAUCUAAAGACUAUCAAGAAGCCGCAGACAUCGUUUCAUGGGUUGGAUAUGUUAUGGAGGAAGUUGCAAAGUUUUGUAAAGACAAGAACAUCUAUAUGAAACAACUCAACCCCAACCAGAAAACCAGAAAGCCUAAACAAGUCAUUCGAUUAUUCUCCAAUGAGAAAGGAGAGUUUGUGAUGGCUCAUGACUUCCUCCAAAUUCUACAAGAAUACGGUGUGGAUUCUGACAAAAUAGAGAAGUUGAUUCCUAAAAAACUCCGACAGGAGGUUGCCUACCUGCCAACAUUAUCUUAUGAAGACGUUUUGAGAGCAUUGGAGACCAGUGACAAUAAAGAGUUGAAGAAUCUGGAGUUUGCUAUGAUGGAGAGUCCGAGAUUGAUGUUCGCCCGGUCCCCGAUUCCAACUUGUAAGAAAGGAUACUGUAUUCUUGCAAUGGAUGCACUAUAUGAAGUUAUGAUGGAUAUGAUUGUGGCGAAGAAGGUAUUCCAAGAGAACGAUUCUACCAGAAUUAAGAAGUUCUUCGAGUCUAUUAAAACCCAUUUUGAUAUCAAAAAAGACAUCUACUUCAUUGAUUCCGAGAUGUCGGAGGCUAUCAUGAAGGAGUGGGAGAAGUUUUACAAUCAACACUUGAAGCGAGAAGAUCCAUCCAAUGCAAAAUCCAAUGCAAAGACUAUUAAACUGAAAAAAAAGUUUGAUCUGAAAUACUUGACAAAAACACUCAGAUUUCUGAAACUGAAUGAGUUCUUCAAAGGCAUUGAGGAGUAUGCAUAUCCCAUCUUUGCAAAACUGAAAAAGAAAUCACCAAGAGACCCAAGUGACCUGCAUGCAGCUGUUACACAAUGUCAAAUCAACUGUCUCGCUCGAGAAGUGCCCUGGAUUCUGAAGUUCAUUGAGAAGCAGAACUCACGCAACCGGAUGAAUAUUGUGGAUUUUCAUAAAACAAAAUACGUUGCGAGCAAUUUGGUGGAGUUGGAUCAGAUGGGAACAAGCGAGAAGAAACAAGAGGCUAAAGGAAAUGUGUCGACGAAGAAGAAUACAAAGAAGAAGUAA